CUCAUCUUCGCUAUUAUAUACAGCUAUUUUUACGCCCGACAAAUAAUGAAUUCUUUUGAAUCUUAAAAUUGCAAGCACAGUAUCAUAACUUCUGUUGAAAUAGGGUUGUAGUCUUUUUUUAUUGCAUUUCUGAUUUCAAGCAAACUUUUGAUCGACAAACUUGAGUGGAUGUAUUACUCUUUUGAAAUUCAAACAAGGGUUUGAUUUUUUCUAAACGAGAAUUUAACCGUUUUUGAAACGGAUUCCUACCCGUUGAGCAAACGCUUGAAUGACAAAUAGAUCUAAAGAAUGGAGUCAUUCACGUGAGGCAAACGAUUUCUGAGUAAAUGCCGAUCUAAAGAAAAGAGUCAUUCAUGUGAGGCAAACGACCACUGAGUAAAUGCUUUGGGGUGUCCUUAGUCGAAUAUUAUUGGUGCCGAAACAAUAGACAAAGCGAUAACUUGCCAACAAAAAGAGCGCCAAAGAUUGUUAAACUUAUUAACAAGUCAAAUUUAUGACUGAGGUUUAGAUGACGAUAGAAUUUGUCGUUCUUCCUACGUGCGCUCGCCGUGUGUUUAUUUGCAAGCGAUCCUCGACAUAAACACCAUCGUCUGUGGUUUUGUUUUAAAAAAUUCCGAUCGCAAACUUUGGGCGAAGAGGUUCACGUUUUCAAAGCUAAGUUAAAAAGGCUUGUUUAAAGUGAAAUUCCUUAAGAGCAAGUAAGCUUUUCACUUCAGUGACAGAAAGUUUCAUCAUGUCUAAGAAAGAAGUGAAAGAAACGAAAAAAUCUGUUUCUAUAUUCUCGUUGUGGCGGUGCUGCCUUAGUGGAGAGACGAACAGACCAAAAGUGCAGAAAAAAUCUGUGGCAAAAGACCAGCCAGACGCCCCAAUAGAAAAAGGGAAAGAAGCUUUGGAAGACAAGGGAAAAGUUGUUGACAAAACUAGUGACUUGGAACUUGAAUACGUGGCAACUCCGCCGGAGUCGGCGCCUGUGGUUUCACCAAGCGACGAUUACAGACCCAGCUAUGAAGAAGCGAAUACUGCAUCAACAGCGCCGUCUACUGUGGGAAGCGAGGAGGAUUCCACCUUAAACGCGCCCGCGAGUAUUCAAGUUAUGCAAGAGAAUGGCACUCCUUCGAAAAUUACCAGGGAAAUCGGGACGGGCGGACGACUAAAUCUGCAGUUCGUGUAUGAUCCUGCACCAUCCAAACUGACCCUGACUCUACUGGGAGUAGAAUUCCCUCCGUUCCAGAAGUGGAAGAUAGAUGAUCUAGAGGUGAGUUGCACUCUACUGCCCAUUCAUCAGCAUAGCUUCCGUGCGCGUCCAAAGAAGUUCAAGGAUCCGUUUACAAUGACUCUGACGCCGAAAGAGAAAAUCAAAACAAUGUCCCUCAGGUUUCGUUUGUACAACCACCGCGCCAUGUCCAAACAUCUGAUUGGCCAGGGAGUUGUGAGCCUUGGAGAAAUAAAUCUCACUCCACAGGCGGUUAAAAUCGCCUUGGAUCUGAAUAUUCCCGAGACCUACGCCAUUGACUCCCGCUACAUAGAGUCUGUCACGGGCGCUAACGGGCAGACAUCGUCAGAAGAUUCCAAACCUGAAAUUUUACUCUCUCUGGAAUAUCGUUCCUUGACAAGAAAGCUGAUUGCUGAAGUUAUAAAAACCCGCCAUCUGGGUCUCCUCAACAACUCCAAACCGCAAGACCUCGCGGUUGAAAUGAAGCUGAUUGGAGAUAACAACCAAGUGUUACGCGUAUGUCGAACCUCGCUAAAGAAACAUGUUAUCGAUGCAGAAUUCAACGAGAUGUUUAUGUUUCGCGUGACGUACGACAAGCUGUCCAGCAUCGCCGUCGUUUUCACGCUGUUCCGUAUGACAGAGAGGCGAGGAAAGAGAGAGAAUAUUGGAGAAGUUUGCUUUGGAAAACAGUCCAGUAGUCAUGAGCAGCAAAAUCAUUGGAAUCAAGUCGUGACGGGAUCUGAGCGCGUUGUCACGCAAUGGCACCCACUCUUUUAUGUCGUAAUUGAGGCCUCGGAUAUGAAUGUAGUUCGUGUUAAAUUUUUCAUAUGUCCUUUGCCAUUGUUUCGCUGUUGUCUGCAUUUCAGGCAAGCAUCCAGCGACACAAAACAGGGAGAAGAAGAGGGGGACUUCGACGAGCGUGAUGCGGAGUAUCUAGACGAUGACGACGAGGAAAACACGACAGCGUUUCUCACGCGAAAUAGUUCCUUACCGCUACCUAGUAAGUCCAAACAAGACUCAUCGUCUAACGCCUUGGCCUUACAAGUGCCUAACACGGCAAUUAAACGCAGAAACACCCUCGCUGGUACCCCAAGUUUCGGCCUAAGUAGUCUAACAAAUGGCAGAUCGGCACCCAGCGUGGUCGCGCGCACGAAGCAAAGCUUAGAAACCAGUAGUAUCGUGUCAGACGACGAGACGGUUCGUGGAAGCGCAGCGCGAAGAGAGUUCGGGGGACUUCCGACAAGAAGUCGGAGCGAAACUCCGCGAGCAUUUGGUGGCGGUGCGCCCUCCAAGAGGAUAUCAACCUCAAGUUCUGUGUCUGACUGGAAUAUGGAUCAAACAGUACGCGGAGUUGGUCGGCUUCAUGUCGUACUUGACUUCACCAUGCACACGGCUAAGCUGUCUGUAACUGUUACAAAAAUAGAAUUUCCACCGUAUCACCAAAGGGAUACUUCUUUGUUAGAAGUGAGCGUCAUGCUGUUGCCGGGAAAACGGCAAAGUUUUCGAACAAAACCGAGAGACUUUAAUGAACCCAUGGCGAUGUAUUUGUUUCCCAAGGACAAGAUCAAGGAUAUGUCGCUGAGAUUUCGCUUGUAUGAACAAGGCACUAUGGGCUCUAAGCAUUUAUUAGGCGAAGGAACGCUACGGCUUCGGUCGGUGGACUUAGAUUCUGAAAUGAUUCCCGCAUGUGUUGAUUUACAGCCUCCCGGAUCGUAUGUUCCGGAAGCUGCUUCGGGCGCGAUCAUGUACGAAGGAGAGCUGGCCAUCUCCGAAGAAGAUCGGCCCGAGAUUUUACUGUCCUUAGAAUACCGCCCCAUUACGGGAAAGCUUCUUCUGGAAGUUAUCAAGACAAGAAAUUUAGGAAUGUUGACUGACUCAAAAGCACGAGAAACAUAUGUCGCAGUGAGGGUUGUUAAAAGCACUGGAGAGUUAAUUAGCAAGAGUAAAACUACUCCAAGACGGCAUAUGAUAGACCCCGAAUAUAAUGAAAUGUUUUUAUUCCAUGUUCCGGAGCAUGAGCUUAACUCAGUGACAGUUUUACUGACUGUUACGAGUAUUACGGCGCGCACGCUGGCGCUGAAAAAACAUCGAUUUGGUCGUGUGUGUCUUGGGCAGAAUUACAGCAGCGAAGAAGAAUUGCGGCAUUGGUAUGAAAUGACUCGACGGAAAGAAAAAUCCAUCGUGGCAUGGCAUAGAAUUAAUGAAAUUUAGGAACACUAUUGAUACACCAAACAAGAACUAUGGCAAGAUCAUCAGUUUAUUUAAUACGUUUUACAAGAACAAGUCUGCAUUUCCAAAACGUUUCAAUUAGUACAGCCGUUGGUUCGCACAUUAUUGUAUUAGGGACGUUGUUUAUAUAUUUUCCAAGUGUUGUUGAUCCGAUUCACCGACAGGCAAAUAGGUUAGUGGAAUGUUAAUACUUAUGACUGAAUUAUCCCAGAAAAAAAUUCACGGGAAGAAACAAUUUUAUAAAAUUAUUUUUAACCUCAAAAGGGUCUGUUCCCGAAACAAGGUGUUAAUAAGUUUGAACAUACUUGUGAAAGUUUGUGUAUCUUUUAGAGCAGACAAAUAAAAUGAAACCACGCAUAAA